GUGUGUGGAAAAGCACAGCCUGGUUCGAGAUUGAGCUCCAGCUCCGGUGGAAAAGGAUUAACCGUAACCCGAGUUCAGACUCGAACCACUGACCCUUGACCUGUGAGGGUGGCAACACUGUACCAUUACUCUGAAUACUGGGUGUGUGUGUGUGUGUGUGUGUUCUAUGUGUGAGGCGUUAACACCUCAAUAGGCAGAGGAAUGAGAUCUUUUCAUUGCCUAUAACUGCAGGCACAAUAACCAGCUGUGAAAUUUGUGUGUGCUAAAAUAUAAUUAAUAUCUCCACACAAUUAUGAACAGUUAGCUUCACUGCCCAACAUAAAAACAUAUCAUUAUACAAACAUAUCAUUAUAAGUAUUCUGAUGACAAAAGUAUGAGGAGAAACUGGUGUUUCAUGAUUAGAGACAAAGAAGUUGCUGAAUAAACCGUGUAGGACACCUCGCUCAGCACGAGGCACCUAACACAUGCUGAAACGACGAGGACUUGGGCGGAUGGUUACCGGGCAACGCAAAACCCUGCUCAGCCAAUCAGAGGCUCGCAGAUCGCAUGCGGGGAACGGAUCCCCGUGUAUUUUUAAAUCCAUGCGCCGUGAGAGCUGCACUCUUUGACUUCCGACCAUCUAUGGUAAUCAUGCUCCACAUCUCCGCAACAACACAGUACAAACAAAUCAUCAUCAUUAUUAUUUAAAGAAAAUCCUAAAUGAUAAUAGGCUAAGUUUGAGAAAUAUAGUGCGUCAUCGUGAAAGGUGGAUUUUUUUUGGGGGGGAGGCGGAGGGUGUAGUGGGGGGUAUAUACUUUUACCCAGCAGGCUGUUCGGCCUAUAAGAAGGCGAGGCAGCGCUGUGGAGUCAGUAGAGCAGAAUUGAAUGCGGAACACUGAGUUGGCGAGUGUGUGAGAGAGCGAGAGAGAGAGCGCGAGCGAGGAAAGAAAGAAAGAAAGAGUGUGUGUGAGUGUGUGUGUUUGUGGAUGGAGCAACAAAACUUUCCUUAACGACCCCGCGUUUCCUCCUCCGCGUCGUGUGAGCGCUUCGACUGGAUCCCGAGUUAACGGCAGGUCUGAUUUUUGUCUGAAGGACCCCUAACGAUGGCGAACAUGUCCGAGGCGUCAAACAGCAGCAAGAGCGAGUCGUGCAGCGUCCUUACCUGGGAUCAGGUGAGCCGGUUAAACGAGGUGCUGAGCGAGCCGGUGCCGGUCCACGGCCGGGGCAACUUCCCUACCCUGGAGGUGCGGCUGAAGGAAAUCGUCCAGAAGGUGCGCGUCCGGCUCGAGCAGAGCGGCAUCAAAGUCAACGACGUUCGCUUGAACGGCUCCACGGCCAGCCACGUGCUGGUGAAGGACAUUGGCUGGAGCUACAAAGAUCUGGAUGUCAUCUUCAGAGUCGAUCUCCCCCGGGAGACCGAGUUCCAGCUCAUCAAAGAUGUGGUGCUGAGCACUUUGUUGGACUUCCUGCCAGAAGGGGUUAACAAGGAGAAGAUCACACACAUGACCCUGAAGGAGGCCUAUGUGCAGAAACUGGUCAAAGUGUAUACGGAGCAGGACCGCUGGUCUCUUAUCUCCCUGUCCAACAAUAACGGACGCAACGUGGAGCUGAAGUUCGUGGACUCGAUCCGCAGGCAGUUCGAGUUUAGCGUGGACUCCUUCCAGAUCGUUUUGGACUCCGUGCUGUCUUAUUACGACCUCUCGGAAAAGCCCAUGUCUCAGCAUUUCCACCCUAGUGUGGUGGGCGAGAGCAUGUAUGGUGACUUUGCUGUGGCUCUCGACCACCUCAGGAACAAGGUGAUUGCCACCAAAAGGCCAGAGGAGAUCCGUGGGGGCGGUUUGCUGAAAUAUUGUAACCUCCUGGUGAGAGACUUCAGGCCCACGGACGAGGAGGCGUUCAAAGCGUUGGAGCGCUACAUGUGCUCUCGGUUCUUCAUCGAUUUUCCUGACAUCGGCGAGCAGCAGCGGAAACUUGAGGCCUACCUGCAGAGUCAUUUUGUCGGUGAGGAGAAAAGCAAGUAUGACUACCUCAUGAUUCUGCGACGGGUUGUGAACGAGAGCACGGUCUGCCUCAUGGGACACGAGAGGAGGCAGACGCUUAACCUCAUCUCUCUCACAGCGUUCCGGGUGCUCGCCGAGCAGAACGUCAUACCAGAUGCCUCUAACGUGACCUGUUAUUACCAGCCGGCACCUUAUGUCCGAGACCUGAACUUCAGUAACUACUAUGUGGCCUCUUGUAACCAGUCCAUUCCAACAUGGCUGCCAUGUAACUAAAACUCUCAAUGAUGCUUUAUUAAUGAAGGGGGGGGGGGGGGCAGCUGUUUGGCCAUGAGUGGUAUUUUCCUGUGUGGGCAUAAAGGAUAUUUAAAAGGACGAGCAUUCUAUCUUUAUUAGUUUGUUUUUGUUCCUUUUUCUUUUUUUUUUCUUUUUUUUUGGGGGGUUGGGGUGGACUCGGCUAAAUUCUUAUGUCAGUGUGUCAAGACCUUUGGAUCCAAAGUAAUAUAUAUAUUUUUAGAGCUUGGAUUAUCUAUAUUGGGAGGUUGGCGGAGGGUGUCAUGCUCCCUUAAAUUUGUUUCUCAGAUUGUUUUUGUUGCCUUUGUGUCCCUAAUCUGAGCAAUGAAUUGUUUUGCAAACUGAAAUCCUUAUUGUGCCUUAUCCCUCCCUAGUGUAUUAAAUACUUCUGACUUUAAGGGAGGAAAAGAUUUCUCAGUGGACAGUGUUGAUGCUUCUUGUGAUAAAACAGAAAAUGUAGAGAGGAAAAAAAAACACAAAAGUCUGUUAUAUAUAAAUAUAUAAAUUGGAAAAAAAAAAGUUUUGGGUGACAGAAAAUGUAAGCACAGGCUUGAAAAGAAAAUUCCAGUGUGCAAUGAUGAGGGGUUUUCCCCCUCUAUUUUUCUUUCUUUCUUUUUUUUUUUUUUUUUCUUUUCAUUUCUUUUUGUUUUUUCUUUAUUUACACUGCUGUGAGCUGCUAAUAUCCUUAAGAGCUUUCAGCUUGAAUUUUUAACUUUUUUUUUUUUCCCCUGUUCCUCAGCUAAUCAUAGGCAGGGUUAUGGUGAGGUAAAGGAUGCUGCGUGUUUGUUCUAGACACAGAUGCUGAAAGUAGAGUUUACAUGGCAUUUGUCUUUGUUUUGGGGUGUGUUUCAGCCACGAACAUCGUUUGCAUGCAAAAAAAAUAUAUUUUCAGUACAAACUUCAGACGAUCUCUCUCUCUCUCUCUCUCUCUCUCUCUCUCUCUCUCUCUCUCUCUCUCUCUCUCUCCAGCUGCAAGUUGUGAACUACUUCUUCACUCGAGAAUUUCUAGCUAGUGUGGAUUUAUUUUUUAAAUUUUUUUUCCAGAUUUCCAACCAGGAUAAAUACAAGUUGUACUUUUUUCUUUUCCGUACACACGGCAGUGCAGGGUAACGUUACGGACGCGAUCUAGUCAUCGUUCAGUGCUUUAACACGGAUAUCGUAACGUCUGCCGGAGUUGGCUGAUGGUCAGACGACAGGCUUGUCUUUUGACUGACUUGUGUGUGGAAUUCGAUACUAAAUGAACGUGUACACGUGGGAGGUUGUCCCUUUUCCUUAAAAGGAUAAAGUGUUGGGUGUCCGGUGCUCUCGAGUCUAUAGUGAUCCUUAGCAGGCUUUGCAUUGCUGUGUAACAGGACUCCAGACCGGUGGCGCACCGCUCUAAAAUUAUCCGAGGAGCCACAGGGCAGAAUGUGUUUACGCUGGUGGGAGGUGGGCGGGGUUUUCUGUCGUGACGAACACCUUACAUGUGCUUCUGCUGCUCUUGCCCUUCAUACAGAUGCACACUGAACCCUUUUCUGGUCAUUGGAGCAGGGCACCAUUCACAGAAACCUUACAGUAGCUCUAGGUAGACUCCGGUUAAGGCUUUUACUCCGGUAUGAUUAAUGUUGCAUGUCCUUAACUUGAAUACCGGUGCACGUCAAUUUCUCGUACUCUUGUGUUCAUCUGUCUGGAAGUCUUUUGAGUCUGAACAGCUGUUAUAUAUUUUCUUACGAAGUCUUUCUUUCUGCUUACUCUGCAUCUGUGCACGGCUUCCGCAAUCACCACCCCCACCCCACCCCACCCCAAAGUAUGCACACACACAGAGUAGAUGACCUGGAGAGCCACGCUCAGCCUCUUAUCUGUGUCACACACAGACUUUGGAGGGAGGAUGGAAAGGGUCACCGUAGCCUCUGACAGUUCUGGUCACACCCCUAGGUCAGGACACAUUUGAAGUUAGGCUUUUUUUUUUUUUUUGUGAGCAGGAUAUGAUUAUUACAGUGGGGUAUGGUUGAGGGUGCUAUUGGAAGGUCAGUGGGGGGCAUUUCUAGGCAUGGUACGUGUAUAUUAUGGAUCUAGACAUUUUGGCGUCGUGUGACGAGUCAGUUUAUGUAAUGAUGUCCUCUCUGGUCCAUCCUUACACACUGCUUUUCUUAAUCCUAGAUGUCUAGUCAUUCCAGUAAUGGAGAUCUGAAUAGAUUUCGUCUCUCACCUUUUUAACGUCACCAAGCAGAGCAAAAUUGGGCACGGACCAGAUAUUGCUAAAUACUUCACGCGCGUGCACAACUUUUUUAUAACUGCGUAGAAGAGAUCUUGUUGUACUCUGAAAUCUGGUAGCUGUGUAAGUGUAUAAGCUCUGAAGAACACGUUGGCUGAGAAUGGAUCCUGGACAAAGGGCUGCUGUGUUUGUGUGGGUUUUUUUUUUUUUUUUGUGACUGAUUCAAAAUUGUAUUCUGGCUUGAAAUGUGACCGACUGGGAUGUAUUUCGAUAUCGCCUGCUUCCUAACGUAUUCAUUUCUCCGACGUCCGUGGUCGUAAAUCGAGCAAGCAAACCCAAAUUCAAACGGCGUAAUAGGUUUUGGACCGUGGAUGUGAUCUAUAGAUGCAGCGCUUUCCUUCAUCUGCCCGGCUUGAACGUUUUUAAGCUGCCGAGCCGUUGUACGUGUUUUAUCUUGUCUAGUUGAACUUCACCCAAUAAGGCAUGGCAUGAUGGGGCUUGGCUGGGCACCUGUUUAAAGUCUCAGUAUAGUAGGUUGGUUGUAUGUUGGGUUGUAUUUGAAAUGGAUGCAUGCAUAGUGUUUAUACUAAUGCAGAAGUAUUUUGUUCUUUCAGAUGGAGGGUUUUUUUUGUUUUGUUUUCUUUUUUGUUUUUUUUCUCUGCUGCAAUUCCAGAAUUUCCCCCAUUUAAACGUUCUCUUUCCUGUGAACAAAGACGUUCGAGCUUUGCUUGUACUGCUGCACUAUGGCUCCGAAAGCAUCUGUAUCUGUAUUUUAUGUUGUGUUUUUGUUUUGUUUAACAGUUUCCUGUGCUUAGGGGAGGACUUCUGUGUUUGGACAGUUGUCUUAAGUUUUUCUGAUGCUAGAGGCUUUUUUUUGGAAGUCCUUUAGCCAGGUGGCGAGUUGUAGGAUUAUGCAGUUUGUUUUGUGUUAUGUCUGACUGUGCCAACGAUCGAGUCGAAAAGUUUAAGAUGUGGAAAUGUCUCACUUUUUAUUUUAAUUUCUUUUUCUUUCUUUGUUUUGGAAAAAAUGCUUGUCACCUUGGUGGGUUUUUUUUUUUUGGUUUUUUUUGAGGUUUAUUAAAAUGUUUGUCAAUUAAUUUGAGCACUUUUACCUCACUUUAAUUUUCCUUGAAGUUAAACAUCAGGAAAAUGUGUAUGAAGAGGGGGGGGGUAAAAAAAAUAAUAAAGUAUUAAACCCCA